AUGUUACCUGAUACAAUAUUGGACAAAAACAACAAAGAAAUUGAAUUUGAGGCAAUCAACAAGGUUUCCUGGAUGAGAAAGCGUGACUUGCACAUUUUAACAUCUCACAUAUUCACGUAUACUGGAGACGCGAGGUUCAGCGUCCUCCACCCAGAGCCGUCCGACGAUUGGGACCUAAAGAUAGACUACGUGCAGCCCCGAGACGCCGGUGUCUACGAGUGUCAGAUCAACACUGAGCCGAAAAUCAAUAUGGCCGUCAUGUUGAACGUUGAAGAUGACUCCCUCAUCCCCGUGACCCAGGCCCCGCCCCGCUCCUCAGCGGCUGCGGCUAGCAUCUGGGGCUCGCAAGAUGUAUACGUGAAGAAGGGUAGCACUAUAUCGCUAACAUGCUCCGUGAAUGUGCACUCGUCUCCACCAUCCAGUGCAUCUGUGCUAUGGUAUCACGGCAGCGCCGUAGUCGACUUUGACUCGCCCCGAGGGGGCAUCAGCCUAGAAACGGAGAAGACUGAGGGUGGCACCACCAGCAAGCUUCUGGUUACCAAAGCGGCUCUCAGCGACUCCGGGAACUACACGUGCGUGCCGAAUAACGCGCACCCUGCUUCUGUGUCGGUGCACGUGCUUAACGGCGAACAUCCAGCGGCAAUGCAGACGAGCAACAGAGCAUCAUCAUACCUCACAUCUCAAUUAGGCUGUGCGGCGAUCACAUACCUACUAUCCACAAUGGCCUGCAGAUGAUCAGCCUAGAUACCGAGCGAGUUGCUCUAUGCAGAUUGAAAAAUAGAUUUGAAAAUAGAACGACUUAAAGGAACUUCUUUGAUAAAAAUUAAAAGAAACUAUCUAUGGUAUGUACUCUGUGUUGAGUUGUGUAAAAAUAUUUAUUUAUAACACGAAAUAACGGUUUAGGGAAACGGUAGCUUUUCUGAUGGCAAAUGGAGAAAGAUGAUAACUGGAAGCUUUAUGUAUUAUUUUAGAAGUUUCAAUUUGUAAUUUGUUUCCUAAGACAUGAACUAAGCUUUCGAGCAAAGUUUGUUGGACUAAUUUUAAGUAAUCUUUUAAACAAAGGUAGCAAAAGCUUGCUGCAAUGAUACGAUUAUGUAUUAUUUUAAUUUGCGAAAUAUUGAUUUCAAUAGGAUCUUUCUUUUUCUUACUUUUAUAUACCUUAAAUAAUUAUCUCUAAUAAAAUAUAUACCUACCUAAGGAAAUAGGUUGUGAUAUAAUUAACUACAAACCACAAAAACAAAAUUAAAUUAUAACAUUCCAUACAAAAAAGCAUUAAUUUUAUUAAUUUAUAAUUAAUGAAUGAAGAUCAAGAUAGAUACGGUUAGGCUUAAGGGUUAUACGCGAUAUGAAUAAUUAUAACAACUGGUUCUAUAUUUCAUUAUGAUAUAAUUUUAUUUUAUAUUCAAAUAAUCAUAUAUAUAUGACAACUUAUAAAAUAACAUUUAUUUAGUAUUUCAAUGAUCGCUCAUUCCAUUUCAUUGUGAUAUUUAGUUAAUCAUAGUUAACGGAUUAAUUUGAAACGAAAAAACAUGUAAGGAAUUUCUACAAGCAUAAUAAUAUUAUAAGUAAUAAAACUAAGAGAUUUUUGUAUAUAGUAAAAUUAUACGUAAUUGUAGAAUUAAAAGGUUUAUAUCAGAAAACGCAUUGUAAAUAUUUCAAAAUGUUGUAAAUAAUUGAACGAGUUUAUUGUAAUAAGAAAAAAAUACUUCUAGUAGUUGUUCCACCAUUCGAGUGGUGUAUAAAAAUUGAUUUUUUUAUGUUCUUAGAACAAUUUUAUUGAUAAGUUAUAAUGCAGCCUCCUUUCAUAUAUUAAAUAAUGAUAAAAUGAAUUAACCAUUUAACCAAAAUUAAUAGUAAUUUACCCUAAAUUAAUAGUUAACCCCUUUGUGUAGAAAGUAGGUGUGUACCAUCAGAAUUUCACCAACAGUGUUAAUUGUAACUCGUGCUUUCGUUAUCAAGUUUCCAAAAUUUGCGUAUACAUUCCAGUGGUUUCAGAUUUUUACUUUUGGAUUUUUUAAAAGUCUGUUCCCAGAACGUAAUCUGAUACCUAAACUUUAUCGUCCUGUCCUUCUCUAUAUAAAAAAAUAAGACAGUUGGAGUAAGAUAGACGAUUAAUCAAUAUAAAAAAAAUAUAUUAAUCAAAUUUGGUUAGGAAAACACAAUGACUCCCAAUCUUAUAUACACUAUGUGUAUAAAAACAACAAUUUAUUUUUAUUAGAAAAAAUAAUAUGGAAGGAGGCUGAAUAAAUUAAAUUCUAGGUAAUAAUGACAAAUAAAUGAACUAAUUAAAUUUCUAUAGACUGUUCUCCGUUUGACUGUUGCGCAAAGAAACGAAAUCGUCGCAAUUAUUAGAGUUUAAUUUCAUUGUUAAUAAAAUAUAGUUAUAUAAGUGCUCUAUGAUCAUUCUUUUUAUAUCACAUUGUUUGAUGAUAACUGAAAAUUGUAUAUAAAAUAAUCAAUAAUAAUACCAGCGUGGCGAAUAAAUGCAAAUGAAAACAAAUAGUAAAUGAAUCAAUGUUUAAAGAAUAGUGUGAUAUUUCUUCCAAGUUUAUUUUUAUUAAAUGUUAAAAAAUUACUACGUAUUGAAAUUGAUGUUCUAUUACUUCUAGCCCAUUUAUAAUGAAAUAAUUUGAUAAUACUCAUAUGUUGCCUACGGUGCCCAAGUUAUUAUUGUUUUCGGGUUAUCGAUGUUUUGAUUUUGAGGACUUCCAGCAUAAUGUCCUUGAUAUUAACUCCACUUUAAUCUUGAAAUUCGGAACAGUUUUUGAAACCCCUUUCAAAUUGAUCGUAUCACGUAAUGUACAAGAUAAGAUAAGCGUAACCAAAUCCAGCACACAAUCUUAUGUUGUAGCACCAAUUUUAAACUUUAAUAGCAUUAAUUUUAAAGUGUAAAACGGUUGUAAGAAGUUCAAUUGUUAUUGAUUCGACUAUAAUUCAGUUGAAAAUUGACUUCAGUUGAGAUACACUGAUUUAAAUUAAUUUGCAUUAAAUAGAAACAUACAAACGAAUGAAUUAAUUGUUACUUAUACCAUAUGGAUGCAAUAAUCUAAAAUGAAUUUUAUUAUUAUACAUCCUAGUGGAGGAGAUUGCCAUUUUUAAAAUAAAAAUAAAACCAAGCACGUGUACAACCAACCU